AUGAAACCAGUGACCAUUAACCACGCUCCUUGUAAGGCUAUGCUUGAUGAUCUCACAAAGCUCACAAAAAAACUAUUGGGCAUUGCAAUACCCAUUAGAUGUCCUUCCAAACUCGUGUUGUCGACAGAGUGCAGAUGGAAGAGGAAAAAUUGUUGCGCGAAUGCAGCGGCUAAAGCAAGAAAGGUCAAGCCCUUAGCGGCUGAGGCUGCUCUAGGCCGUGCUCGAUCGAAGAUUAUAGUGAAAACGGAAAAGACUAUGAAAGACAUAGACAUGGAGGCAUGUUCAAGGCUGCGGAGGUGGGUCGAAGCGAUGGUACCAUCGGGAUCAAAGGGAUGGUGA